AUGACAAAAUACAUCCUCGUUUCGGGUGGUGUAGUGAGUGGGAUCGGGAAGGGUGUCAUCGCCUCGUCGACGGGUCUCCUUCUCAAAACGACCGGUUUGAAGGUCACUGCAAUCAAGAUCGACCCCUACAUGAACAUCGACGCGGGCACGAUGCGGCCAACCGAACAUGGUGAGGUCUAUGUCCUCAACGAUGGCGGCGAAGUCGAUCUUGAUCUUGGCAACUACGAGCGAUACCUCAAUGUCACCCUUUCACGGGAUAACAACAUCACGACUGGGAAGAUAUAUAGGGAGGUCAUUGAGAAGGAGAGAAAAGGAGAAUAUCUGGGAAAGACCGUUCAGAUCGUCCCACACGUCACGAACGCGAUCCAAGACUGGAUCGAACGCGUCUCAAAAAUCCCCGUUGACGAGUCCGGAGAGGAGCCGGACGUGUGCAUUGUCGAGCUCGGCGGCACGGUGGGCGACAUUGAGUCGGCGCCGUUCGUGGAGGCGAUGCGACAGUUCCAAUUCCGGGUAGGGCACGACAACUUUGCGCUCAUCCAUGUUUCGCUCGUGCCAGACAUGCAUGGCGAGCAGAAGACGAAGCCGACGCAGACGACGGUGCACUCGCUCCGAGGGCUCGGGUUGCUGCCUGACCUAAUCGCGUGUCGCUUGCUAGUGCCCCAGCCGCUCAACCCCGCGACGAAGGACAAGAUCUCGAUGUUCUGUCACGUCGCGUCGGAGCAGGUAUUCGGUGUGCACGAUGUGUCAAGCGUGUACCACGUCCCUCUACUCCUGCAGAGCCAGGGCAUCGUCGAAUUCCUUGACCGCCGGCUCAAGUUGGGCGUAUGCCCGGACAACAAGAACGGAGGUAAGGGGGUCAGCGAGGAGAUGAAGAAGAAGGGUUUGGAACUCGAAGAAAGGUGGAGGGAUUUGACGUCUGGGCAAGAACGAUUAUUCGACACCGUCUCGAUCGCGCUUGUUGGAAAGUAUACGGACCUAAAGGACUCGUAUAUGAGUGUUACCAAGGCGCUCGAGCACUCUGCGUUCCGGGUGCACAGGAAGUUGACAAUCCAGUGGGUGGAAUCGUCCGACCUCGAGCCGGAAACACAAGAGUCGAAUCCGAAGAAGUACCACGACGCCUGGAGGGCCGUUGUUGGUGCCGGGGGUAUCCUUGUGCCUGGUGGAUUUGGACAUCGCGGUACGGAGGGCAUGAUGCUCGCCAUCAAGUACGCCCGAGACGCCAAAAUCCCCUUCCUGGGCAUUUGCCUUGGGUUCCAGCUCGCGGUCAUCGAGUGGGCGCGAAACGUGCUCGAUAUCUCCGACGCAACCUCUGCCGAGUUCAACCCCACCUCGCCGCACCCCGUCGUGAUCUUCAUGCCUGAGAUCUCAACGACACACAUGGGGGGCACGAUGCGGCUGGGCUUGCGGCCUACGGUGUUUGAGCCAGGUAGUGAGGACUGGUCGCGCGUGCGCAAGCUGUACGGUGGUAAGGGCAAGAUUUGGGAACGACAUCGCCACAGGUACGAGGUCAACCCGGCGUAUGUCGACAAGCUCGCGGCGAGCGGGAUGAACUUCGUGGGCAAGGACGAGAAGGGCGAGCGGAUGCAGGUGUGCGAGCUGCGGGAACAUCCCUUCUUCGUCGGCCUUCAGGCUCACCCCGAGUUCUGCACCCGCCCACUGAACCCGUCCCCCAUCUUCAUUGGGUUCGUAGCGGCGUCGUGCGGACCUAAGGUCCUCGAGGCGCAGAUAAAGAUGCAGCUGCAGACGUUCGUCCCACCCCAUCCCACAGGCUCGAUGGUCAGCGAGGCCGAGCUAAAGAGCGCCUCGGAGGCGAUCGAGGCUGCUGCGAAGGCAAAGGCAAAUGGGAUUCAGGGCGACGUGAAUUCGGACCCGGAGAGCAGGCAUAUGAACGUCGUCCAGGUUGUCAAUGCCGAUAUUGCCCGCCCUUUGCUGUCCUCACAGCUCGAUGUGACGCGGAGGAUGGACUCUGGUACGCUGGAGAGGCCGUUGACGCUUUUGGACACAACACUCGUACAGAGCACUCUGGUUGCAUGCAUGACGCUUUUGAUUUACGACUACAUCUGCACCCUUGAUCAAGAGGUUACUUAUGUCUGGAAAAACUUCCAGUGGUCUGUGGGCAUUGUGCUGUUCCUUCUGAACAGAUAUCUACCUUUCGUUGAUACCGUUAUGUCCUUACGACUCAAGUUCACCGUGGUCAGCCCUGAGACAUGUGACACACAGUUCAAGGUCGUCACUUGGUACAUCGUCUCUGGGAUAAUCAUUUCAGAAGGGAUCCUCCUUCUGAGAACUUUCGCACUUUGGGAGCGAAAGCGAUGGAUUGGCAUCCUUCUCUCCGUAACAGCCUUAUGCGCUUUUGUCCCUGCGAUUGUGGUCACUCAGCUGGAAAUUCAGUCCUUGAGAUAUGCCCAAAACGACAUUCCUGGUUGUCGAAUAACGCACGCAAGCCCGAUAAUCAUUGUAGCCUACAUUCUCUUAAUGCUCUGCGAGACGAUGAUGGCGGUUUUGACUGGGAUCAAGGCAGUCCGACAUCUUCGGCACUCGCAUGCCCCUUGGGUAGUACAGCUCUACCGCGACGGUCUUUUGUUCUAUGUAUACCUCGCUCUAAUCUCGAUUGCCAAUGUAUUGGUCCCUAUUUUUGGUCCUAGAGCAUACGCCAACACACUCGCGACACCCCAACGCGUCAUGCACUCUGUUCUUUGCAACCGAGUGCUCUUCCUCAUCUUCCGCCAACGGUACGGCGCGAACAUGACGGCGCGGCAGCCCCCAGCCCGCACGCCAUCGGGUGGCGCCCUCAGCUCGACCCUCGCCGAACCCAUCUUCACGUCCUUUUUCGACGAACAGCUUAGCACAAACAUGACGAUCAUCCCGCAUGGUGGCCCUAGCGGGCCUCCUCUAUCCACUUGGUCAAUAGAUGGGCGGUCUUAUGAUUUAUUUACUCUUUCACUUACUGCUGCCGACCCAAAGGACGAACCAGCGCCGAUCUCAUGCCUGAUCAACCCUCUCCUCAUCCCAUUCCUGCCCUCGCCGCUCCCCUCACGCCAACAACCACCUAAAGACCCCUCCUUCGCCAUACUCCCAACGCCAAACAAGGGUACCGGGAUGUUUGCCAGGCGUUCCAUUCCCGACGGCGAGCUGAUCGUGGUUGAGCACCCUGCUUUGAUCAUACCGUCAGGGCAAUUCCCCGACGCAACGUAUGAGGCUCUCGGGGCGGCGCUUCCAGAGAAGAGGAGGCAAGAAAUGGGGAUGAAUGCGCUGGUGUUGGAGUUGGAUCCGGAGGGACGGCUGGGGGAGGGGGAGAUCUACGGGGCCGUGUAUCCGUGCAUUAAUCGAUCCAACCACAGCUGUGGGCCAAAUGCUGCAGUCAAGUGGGAUUUGGCCACGCUCUCUCUGUCGUUGUAUGCCCUGCGCGACAUCAAAGAAGGCGAGGAGGUCCUCAUGUCGUACGUCAACCCCAUCCUUUCGCGUGCCUCGCGGACGCGGACGCUGAAGACAAACUACCGCUUCACCUGCGACUGCCCUUGGUGUGACAUCCGCCAGGAUGGCUACACCUCGCAAGAGGCCUUCACAUCCGCUGAAUUGGCAAGGAUCAAAGAGUCGGACACGCGCCGCGAGCAGCUCGGGACAUGGAUCUUCACGCAUCUGAGUUACAAGAAAUGGAGUACGGACCUGUGUCGGGCGGAUGAUCUUUUGAUCAAGGCGCACAAGGAAGCGCUCGUCCUUAUCGAGAUCGAGAAUGUGUAUGCUCUGCAGAACCUGUUCAUCGAGGAGAUCGCGAUGGCGCAUGCGACCUUGGGCGAUGUGGAUGAGUUUAGGAAGUGGGGCGCGAGGUUGGUGCAGUUGUGCCGAGUUGAGGACCCGAAGUUGGCGAAGAAGUUUGAUGGGUGGUUGGUCGAUCCGGAGAAGAGGGUGAAGAAGUGGGGGUGGAGGCGUAAACAACGUGAAUUGAUGAGGAAAGGGAGAAGAAAUGUCGUAGAACCACCUCUUGAAGAUGGUCUCUUCCUCGAUCUUUUCCAAGUCGAAGACGACUGA